AAGUUAAUGGGACCGGGACCAUCAUGCCUUCCAGCUCUGUAAAUCCUCAGCCCACUCUCUAAAGCUCCGAUUUUACUUCCCUCAAGCUUCCAGUUGAUCAUCUAUACCUUCAAUAACAGUCCCUGCCAACGCAAUGGCUGACGCUCCUCCUUCACUUCCGGGCCCUAUGCCCUCGUCUUUCGAUGGUGAAGGGGAAUUUCAUAAUGAACGUCCUAUGCAAAAGGUUGUUCGCAAGAUCAAGGAAGAGCCUUUGAUCCCUCUGGGAAUUGGCUUGACUACUGCUGCCUUCAUCAACGCCUACCUAGCCCUUCGCCGCGGCGACUCAAAACAAGCAAACCGCAUGUUCCGAGCCCGUGUCGCAGCCCAGGGAUUCACCGUUUUCGCCAUGCUUGCCGGCAGCAUGUACUACCAGAAGGACCGAGAAAAGACCAAGGAGCUCCGCCAGCUCCAGGAGCAGAAGGACGCCGAAGAGAAGCGACAGAAGUGGAUUCGAGAGCUCGAGGCUCGUGACGAUGAGGAGAAGGCCAUGCGCGCAAAACUUGAGAAGAGAAGACAACAAGUCCAGGCACAGCGGGCCGAGGAAGCUCAAGCAACUGCUGCGCCUACCGAGGCGUCCAGCAGUGGAGGCAUCUUGAGCCGAGUCGGGUUGUGGCCCACAGGAAGCAAGGACGAAAAGAAAGAUGUCGAGAAGGUUGUAGAGGAGGUUGUGGGCGAGGAAAAUACCAAACAGAAGAAGAAGAACCCCAAGAGCUCCCUUGGUGAUCUCGGCGAAAUCAUCUCCAAAAAGAAGGAUUAAAUACUGAACCUGUAUAUUAAAGCAGUUGGACAUAAGGGAGGUUUGUACAAAAGUUCCAUGUGCUGAUCCAUAGCAGAAGCACAUCAUGUAUGAUAUUGAAGUUAGGCAAAUUUGAUGAUUGCAAUAUUGGAAGGAAAGCUGCCUUUUUCUCUGGUCUUUGCAUACAUUUCUCGUGCUGUUCAUUUUAUUCAAAAC